AUGGUAACCCCCGAACUCGAGAGCCAUUUGCAUAUUGCUCGAUCCACAUAUGGUAGCUCUGCUACAUUUUUACACAUUCUUAAUAUAGACCAUGCCAGUAGUCCAUCGAGCAUCAUUUCACAUUUCACUUCUUAGGUUAAGAAAGUAAUGGUACGCGACUACAAGUGCCAAGAGUGCAAUAAGGUCUUCGAAUUCCCUUAGUCCCUCAGAAAACAUAACUUCAAAUACCACGAGGACAAGGUCCACCAAGCCAGACAACAUCUUGCAAGCAAGCGAACUUAAAAUUGUGAACACUGUGGCAAUGGCUUCAUGAGCAAGGACUCUCUAAGAAAUCACAAGAGGAAGUGCUUGAUUGGAAUGAGGUAUAGCUAGAUCCUGGCUAUCGAACAAUAAAACCCAAUAGAGAACCAGGUCCUUAGCAAAGACAAUACUUUAGAUAGCUAGACUCUAGGUGCACCUGCCUCUGAUGAUGAGCAACAAGAUUACCUAGAAAUUCAUCCUCUUGAAGAGUUCAAACUAGGUGGGCUACCACCUAAAAUUUUAAAGUCAAUGUCUCCACACUAGGACAGACAUAAACAAUCAAAGCCCCAGGUCGAGAAGACUUUUCGAACAACGACCAAAGAUACAUCCAUCGACUUAAUGAAUGCCUCAACCGACAUCUCUCUCAAUCCAUCAAAAGAAACGAAGUGCCUCAUUUACACUUAGAACCAGGUGGUUGACCUGAGUAAGUAAAAUUCUAAUUACCCACGAGCUAUGCACUUAGGUCAAAGUCAACGAACCUGCUCUAUCAGGCUAACUCCAAAGAAGAGGAGCUAUGGCUCUAUCUAACAUGUAAGUGAUGUUGUUCUCUAAAUUGCAAAGUUUAUAGAUGAUAACCCAGCUCAUUCAAAUGUAGGUGGUCCUGCAAAGAGCGAUAUGCUUUCAUCAAUCUCAAGAGUCUCAGAGGACCACAUGAAUCAAUCAAACUCAACGAUCACUGAUAUAGCAGCAUUGGUGGUGAAAGACCAAUCUAAUCUAGAACCACCUUAGGUAUGUGAUGUGCAACUAAGAAUUAACAAAUUCAGAACCUCCAUGUACAACUUUAUCUCCAGCAAGACCAACCUGGACUGGAGCUACUAAGAAAUCAUUCCUCGUGAGUCUCAACCAACCCCAGUUCACAUGACUCGAAGCAAGGGCAAGGUGGCCCCUGAUGAUCAACUUGAUGGCACUGAUUCUCAAAUAUGCUAUGGCGAAGCCACCUAGGGCUGCAUUCAACAACUCAUCAAAAUCUUGCAAGACAUAGGAAUUUCAUCAACCAGCACCUUCGUCGAUAUUGGCUCUGGCUAUGGCAAAGUUGUGAUAGACAUAGCUAUCAGUACACCUAUGUUGAGCUAUGGCAUAGAGUGCUCCAUUAAACGAGCUCGACUGAGCAACGAAUGUCUUGCUGAACUAUAGUCUAGCAAUGCCAACGACAAGGAUAUUCUCGAAUGUCUCAAUCGAGUUUAGUUCCAGCACCUUAACCUUUGCAACUUGAAAUCGCUAUCAGCACCAGAUGGUGCCCCAAUAACUCAUCUCUACAGUUUCAAUGUUCGAUUCAGUUUCAAGGAUAACAUUACCCUAGCCAAGCUCAUUAACAAGACUAAGCAUCUUCAAGUAUUUGCUUGGUGCAAAGAUGAGAGGACUACCCUGGGUCCAUUAGAGGUGAAGAACUAUAAACUUCAUUCUAGAUUCUCUAUGACUAUGCAAGGUUCUGGAGAGAGGCAUAUGCUCUACAUUUACAAGAGCACCAGGUUAGGUGAGAUAAACAAGAUGAUUAAUGCUAAUGAUGACCUACCACAAUCGAGCUUGAACAUUACAAAUAAAGUUGGCAAUCAACCCGAGGUUGAUCCACCUAGAGCUAGAGCUAGUUCAUGUCAUGAAUAAAUAUAGUAGAAUCUCAGCAACCAGGUUAGUCUAGAUGAAGAUAUGUAGAACAUCUAGGAGUUUCAACUAAAUGAUUAAGAGAAAGCCAACUACCUUAUACUGAGAUAAAACAUUGGUGCAGGUACUGCUAGAGAGAUCCUCCAGAAGAAGCACGUUCUUUAAAUGAAGAAGCAACAAACUCUGGAGACGAUCCACCUGGAGUCAGCUCUCAAUAAAGUACAAAGGUUCAACAAGUUCUUUGGCAUCGUCAGGGUAGCUCUAGCUCACAAAAACAAAGUCAAGAUUGAGGAUAUCUACAGAUAAGAUGCUACAAUACGCAAAGACUUACUGGAGGAGGUACCUCUAGCAAAGUUCAUAGAGGAAAUCUAAUCAUUAUCUUAGUUAGCACCAGGGUGGUUCGAAGUAAAAAUCAUGAAUGAUGGAUCCAAGUGGAUCGCUGCACAAAACAAACAAAAAGCUAAUGAUGUGAGACAAGCUAUAGCUAGAAUAUUAGACCAAGCACCAUCAACAACAAGGGGGGUCGAGGUGCAUAGCACACAAAGCAUACAUGUACCACAGCCUAAAGAUGAGUAAGUGAAUAUUGCGAAUAUACUUAAUCAGCUGGAGCUGCAUUACUAGAUUAACCAUGAAGUAGCUGAUAAGUGGACCAAGGUCUCGAAUCUGUUAGAGGGAGUAGUGUUGGUUGAGGAGAGUGAAUCUGAGGUAGAGCUCACCUAGAGUGAUUAGAAGCAUGUAGACUAACUCAUGAAAAUUUACAAGUAUGAUAAGAAGUAGGAGGAGCAUGUAGCAACAAUCAAUUAAUCUUACCUUAAGCUCAAGAGAGAGAUGAAGCUGGUUGAGAAGUAAAAACGCAAGAACCAGCAGAUGGCUAAGACCUUAGCCUAGAUGUAAAACAACUACUACAUCCACCAGUCCUAGACUGCCAUACUUGCCAACCAACAUCAUCUAGACAUGAUGAACAAGCUCUAUGGAGAGAGAUUCAACCUCAAGGUUGAGAGAACACUGCCAUCUGAUUUCUUCAGCAUGAGGUACUUGUGCACCAGGGUGAACCAAGGUCAACCUUUAAAUUCACAUCAAAGUAUAGAAUGCAUCCUCAAGGUAUCUCAUCGCCCCAGCGAUAGCUUAUAUAAUGCCUAUACCUAGGCUCAAAAUAUCAAAGGCUCCAUCUAAAGACAAAGGUUAUGGAAUGCGGUAUUACCUGAAGCUAGUGAGUUUGAAGACAGGAUAUACGAGGUUUACCCCUACAGGGGUACAGAUCUAGCAAGUUUUGCAGAAAGAAUCAAGCGUAAUGUGGAUCAACAAUCCAAAGCCAUUUUGAAUUUGAUAUGCUUGAUGAAGGACCUCCAUCAUAAAAAGCUCAACCAUGGUAGUCUAAGCGACAGAUGCAUAAGCUUUAGUGGCGACUGUGAAGUUUAUAUUGACUCAUGGGGGUACCCACUCAAUGUGCAGCACCACGAUAGUGUUUUUCAGUUGAUCAAGAACUUUGCAGCCCCAGAGUAGUUCUACAGUAAUUCAAAUACCCAGGAGGUUGAUUGCUUCUCAGUUGGGGUGAUCUGCUACUAUAUCAUUCAUCGCAAACUACCUUACUCAAAAGAAGAGAUGCAGCUGUGGAACACUGGCAAGCCAUGUGGAAGCAACAGAAUCGCAGAGUGCGAUGAACCUAUGUGCAAGCAAACCAUAGGGUUCUUGAGAAAGUUGCUUAAGAGAGAUCCAAAGAACAGAUGGCAACUGCACCAGGUGGUGCAAGACUAGCAGUACCAAGCUCUGCUCGAACAAAAUUAAAAUCAGAUUAGAUCCCUAUAACAAUGA